AUGGGCCUGCGAGGGCCCGGGCCGCCUUCCGCCGCCGCCACGGAGCUGAGGGCCGAGCGAGGCCGCCGGCCGGCGAGCGACGAGCGGCGGCGAGGGGCGGGACACGCGCGGCGCGCCGCGGGCCGGCGCCGGGCCGCGAGGCACGCCGGCCUUGCGCUUGCACGUCGGCCGCGGCGCCCGACGCAGGCGCGGCUCCGGGCGGCCUGGAAAACCCGGGAUGGAGCGGGGAGGCCGCGGAGCCGACGCGCGGCACCGCGGCGCGCAGUGCCGCGCGUGGGGCGAGGGCGGGAGCGGGGCUGGGGUCAAGGUCGGCGCGGGCAAGCGGCAGGGGCCCGCACGCGCCUCACCUGGCCCAGCGCUUUGCAGCUGCUGUCACGCGUGCACACUCAGGCUUGGUCGGAGCCUGCCGCGUGCUGGCAGCUGAAAUCCAGGCGUUUCCACGGUUGCAGUGGCUGUGAGACCCCAGCAGUAUGCACCACGUGCAGGGAACCCAAGCCGGAAGGUAUGAAGAGGGUGAGCUUGUCCCAUUGCAUUGAUGUGUCUCAAGGAUGUCCCUACUAUGUAGACAUAAAGCUCCUUGAUGAAAAGAUGGACAAUGCCUGGCAAGUGGAAAUGGGGCUGUGUCCAUGCCGGACACAAGUGCGGGAAGAGAGCACGACCACAGGACCCCUGCUUGGAGGCACAGAGAGGUUGACUAACUUGCCCAUGCCAGCAGAGCCAGUCUGCCCUUCAUUACAUCACCAGAGAAAUAAAAACAAGGCUUCCUGUGUGCCCUUCACAAUAGAGAGGACCUUGAGCUGUAUGUCUGACUCACUCCCAGUGAUGGACACUCAGCACGAAGCUGCCUCAGGAAAUCAGGCCACUCCAUCCAUCUGACUGGGCUGCCAGGCGCCACUUUCAUCUCUGUCCUUGACUGGGGGUAGCCUGUCCAUCUCGACAAGAUAGAAACAGCACUUUGAAUUGCAUGGAAAAAAUGUACUCUACAGAGAGGAGACAAAUACUCUUCUUUUGGCCAAGCUUUUAGAGGAAAUAUAAGGUAUGUUCAUUAAAAUAUGUCCCUGCUGAUAAUCAGCACUGGAAAUUCAAAAGGUGUUACCUUGAAUAAAUGUUAUUUUUCACA